AUGACCUUGAUAUUCUAUCUUCAAAGGUACAGAAUAUGGUAUUAUCGGCGAAAAUUAUUUUGAUUAACAAAAGAUACUGAUUUCCACGAUACUCAUUGAUAAUGUCAACAACAUUUGUAGCUAAAUAUCUUCGUGUUGAAAAUCACAUCAUAUGAUACUGAAUGACAGUGUGCGUCAGUCACGAAUUCAGAUAACUCACUUAAACUGGAAAAGUAUAAAAAUGCAGAGAGAGUAAGUAGAUACCAUUUGUCAAACUAAACGCACAAAAUGAAAAUGAUUGUUUCCAGAAUGUUGAUGAUUGUGAUUCUCUCUUCACUGAUAGUGAACUCAAUAGCUCAAUCAAGGAGAACUUUCGACUGCUAUCAUUGCAGACAUUGUAGAAAAGUGGAUAAACAUACUCCAACAGAACCUAAAUGUGGAGGUUGUGUUAAAUCUGUGUAUCAUGAUUCUUCAAAUCACGUUAACAGAGAAUGUGUGUCAACCUGUGAUGGUAUACAACAAACCAGAGGAGUGACAGUGUACUGCUGCAGAGGCAAUUUAUGCAAUUCAAGCUCGAAAAACACACUGAACGCAACAUUUAUUUAUUCGAUUCUUUUCAUUGCUGUAACUACAAUAUUUUAUAACAAUUGAGAAUAAUUAAAAAAUACAUUAUUGGUUCACAUAAAUUGAGAUAAUUCUUUCAUGCGUUUCUUCUCGCUCCGACUGAAACAUAGUGCAU